AUGGUUUACUACAUAGACAUACUGUCUACUCAUUACUCGCCAUUCGUUGUCUCCUCGCUGACUGUACACCGCUUCCUAAUCACGGCUGCAACUGUCGCGUCUAAGGGUCUUUGUGACUCCUUUCUCACAAAUGGGUUCUAUGCCAAAGUUGGUGGUGUUAGUUUGAUGGAGCUAAAUCUACUGGAGCUGGAGUUUCUUGUUAGGGUUGGGUGGAGGAUUGUACCAAAGGGUGAAGUUUUGGAGGAGUAUUAUAGGAGCCUGAUUGGAAGAGUACAAUCAAAAUAUAUAAUUGAGGGCGCGGAAGAGGCCCUGGGUGAUGCUCCGGGGUCCUCAGGAUCUGCCGCAGUUGCAGUUGUAGCUGGACCGGCGGGAAGUUGA